AUGGGAUUCUUUGCAUGUACGAAUAUGUUAGUGAAAGGUAUACAUUUAAUCAACAGUCCAAGGAGUCAUCUUGGAUUCAAAUCAUGUAGCAACGCUAAUGUCACCGGCGUUCAAAUCUCUGCUCCCGAAUUAAGUCCUAACACAGACGGAAUCGAUAUUGGUUCCUCUGAUCAUAUCUAUAUCACCGACACACAUAUCUCCGCAGGGGAUGAUUGUAUCGCAGUCGAGAGUGGUUCUUCUCAUAUCUAUAUUACAAGGGUAACUUGUGGUCCAGGCCAUGGAAUUAGUAUAGGGAGUCUAGGACUCAACGGAGAUAAAAACGCAACAGUUGAAGAAGUACAUGUGAAAGAUUCGAUUAUAAACUCAGCUUCUAAUGGUUUAAGAAUCAAAACUUGGAAGGGAGCUGGAGGAUAUGCGAGACACAUAUCAUACAAUAACGUUACUUUUGAUGCAACUUCCAACCCAAUCAUCAUCGAUCAACACUAUUGCCCACAUAAAAAGUGCCCAUCAAGUUCUACAACAAAGGAUUCAAAUGCGGUGAAGAUCAGCGAUGUGUCGUUUACGGAUAUUAAAGGGACGAUAAAAGGCAAUGUUGGCGUGAUGCUAAAUUGUAGCAUCGGAGGAUGCACUGGACUCGUUUUCAAGGAUAUCAACUUAACACGGGCUGAUGGAUCCAAUGAUAUUCCCCUAUCGAAGUGUAGUAAUGCUUACGGUGAGGUUCAUAAUGCGCAGCCACCGAUUACUUGUCUUUUACCUUAG